AUGGGGAAAAACGACAAAAAAGGCGCUGAAAAGUCCGGCGGCAAAGGCAAAGCGGCGGACAAAGAAUCAGGCGGCAAAGGAAAGGGAGCGCAAGCCAUCAACGUCCGGCACAUCUUGUGCGAGAAACACGCCAAGAAGGAAGAGGCCCUCGCCAAGCUUGGUGACGGUGUCAAGUUUGACGAAGUGGCGCGGAGUUACUCGGAGGACAAGGCGAGACAAGGCGGCGCACUCGGAUGGAAAACCAAGGGUAGUUUGGACCCCAAGUUUGAGGAAGUGGCUUUUGCCUUGGAGCCCAGCACCACGAAUAAUCCCAAGAUUGCCGAGGCCAAGACGGAAUUCGGCUACCAUAUCAUCAUGGUGGAGGGACGCAAAUAG